GCAUUUUUGAAGUGAAAUGCUAUAUAGCAUUCUAUAAAUGAAAACCGGAUUGUAUUAUUUUUCUGAAAUGAACUGGAUUAUAUUUUUGCAUCUGCAGAUUUCUGCCCGAUUCAUUUCAGGCUUUGGUUUGCCCAAAAAAAAUUAGAUUCUUGGUUUGCCCAAAUCAGUGUAACGAAUGAUGUAUGGGCUUGCAGCUCGUGGGCUGUGAGGGACUUCAAACAGAAGCCCAAUCAACGUGGUAAGUUAUAGAAAACCCUAACUCCUUGCCUCAAAAAAAGAAAAAGAAAAAGGCAGGCUCAGGCCGCACGCACAGACGAGCCGGCGGCGCAUACUCUGUUUCCAGGUUGAAGCGACGGCGUCGGCGCGGGCGGCGCAACGAGCUGAGCGACGGCGACUCCGUGAGCAGAUUCUCCAUGUCGUCGACGUUCGCCGGUGUAUCCAUCCUGGCCGGCGGCGAGCUGUGCCCUUCCACCGAGUCGCCCGUCGUCACCAGCACGAACUGCGGGUACCACCUGCUUGUGGUCCAGGACUACUCGCGGACCAAGCGAGCGACACCCACCGGCACGAGCAUCUGCUCUCGCCCUUUCAUGGUGGGACGCCAUGAGUGGUGCAUCGAGUACUAUCCUAACGGUCAGAAGAAGAGCUGUGCCGACUUCAUUUCUCUAUAUGUUAACCUUCUCAACGACGACGACGAUGCCAAAGAGCGUGUGAAAGCGAAGUUCGAGUUCAGUUUCAUCGACGAGGCGGAGAAGCACAAGCCGAUGUACAUUUCUGGAACCGAGACACUCAGCUUCCGCGGCGAGUGUCUGCGGGGCUACGGCAAGUUCAUGAGAAAAGAUGUCCUUGAACAAUCGGCGAAUCUGAUGGAUGAUUGUUUCACCGUCCGGUGUGACAUCAUGGUCUGCGACACCGAGGAUGCCGGUAGCAGCAAGGUGCUCCUGACUGAAAUAGACCAACAUUUAAACAAUCUCCUUCAGACUAAGGUGGGUGCUGAUGUGACAUUCGAGGUCAGCGGCGAGAUGUUCGCUGCGCACCGAUGUGUGCUUGCAGCCCGGUCUAAAGUCUUCAUGGCACAGCUCUUUGGCCCCAUGAAGGAGGGCACUGCUGCAUCAGGUGCCAUCCAGAUCAAAGACAUGGAAGCAAAAGUGUUCAGGGCUUUGCUUAGCUUCAUCUACACGGACUCACUCCCUCUAUUGGAGGAGGACGACAUGGAGGAGGACGAAGGAGAGGCCAUGGAAGAAGGACAAGAAGAGGAAGCAGCAGAGGAUGAAAUGGCAGAAGUUGCGGAACAAGGACAAGGAGAGGAUGCAGCAGAGGAUGCAACGGAGCUGCAAUGGCUACAAGACUUGCUUGUAGCAGCAGACAGAUAUGAUCUCCAGCGCCUCAGGUUUAUCUGUGAAAAGCGAUUGUCUGAGCGCAUAGGUGUGACCUCGGUGGCGUCCACUCUUGCUCUAGCUGAGCAGCGCCACUGCCGCGGAUUGAAGGAGGCGUGCUUGAAGUUUAUCCAAGUCCAAUCGCCCUUGUGUUUGCAAAAAGUAAUGGCGACUGAUGGCUGGGAGCCGUUAAUUACGACCUAUCCCUCUGUUUUGAACGAGCUCAUUGCCAAACUUGCUUCAAACCAGAAGUAACACUCUGUGCUGUACGCAUGUUCCUUGGACCUGUAGUGACUCUUGUCAGUCUUAUGCAUAUAUGGAAUUCUCUAGAGAUAUUGUAGUCUGUAUGUCUUGCUUUUGUCUCGUCGUGUAAUCUGCCUAUAUGCUGAAUCAGACAAACCUGGCAUAUGGGCAUACUGUCUCCUCAUGGAAUGGUGGUCUGUAAAUUCAGGAGCAAUGAAGCAAUGUUCAUCUGCA